AUGGAGCUUAUUGAGAUGGGGCUGGGCCACCGCGGGCGCAUGAAUGCGCUGUAUAAUAUUGUUGGGAAGGAUGGGCCGUCGAUGUUGCGGGAUUUCGACUCGAAGGAGACUUCAGCUUGGGGCAUGCGGGGUGACGUGAAGUAUCAUUAUGGGGGAAGUGGAGCGAGAGUUACCCCGUCGGGGAGGAAGGUGUAUAUGAAUAUGGCGCCGCAGCCGUCGAAUGUCGAGUCAGUGAACCCCGUUGUUAUGGGGAAGACGAGGGCGAUUCAAGAUCGGAGGAAUGGCGACCGCGAGAAGACCAUGAUGCUGAAUGUUCAUACUGAUGCGGCCUUCGCUGGUCAGAAAACGGUGUAUGAGACGCUGGGACUGGCUGGGUUGAAUGGCUAUGAGAUUGGUGGGACGUUGAGAUUCAUUGUGAACAAUCAGGGACUAUUCACCAUAACUAACUCAUCCUUGAGUGAGACUGCAGCAAUGGGUUUUGAGUUCGGCUACUCAUUGGCAGACCCAAAUACUCUCGUGAUGUGGGAAGCCCAAUUCGGUGACUUUGCUAACAACGCUCAAGUUAUCAUCGAUAACUAUGUCGCAUCUUCCGAGAAGAAGUGGCUUCAGCGCUCUGGUGUGGUUCUUUCACUACCCCAUGGAUACGAUGGCCAGGGACCGGAACAUACAUCAGCCCGCUUGGAGCGAUUCUUGCAACUGGGUGACGAAGAUUCUAGGAAAUUCCCGUCAACGGAGCAGCUCCAGCGCCAGCAUCAGGAUGCUAACAUACAGGUUGUGUGCAUGACAAGUCCGGCAAACUACUUCCACGUUUUGCGUCGGCAAAUUCACCGAGACUUCAGAAAGCCUCUCAUCAUACUUUUUUCCAAGUCACUACUCCGCCACCCCCUUGCACGUUCGGAUAUUGAAGAGUUCAUCGAGACUCCCUACUUCCAACCGUUGCUUCCCGAAACUCAACACGGCAUUAAUAUCAAUAAGCUGGAGGAUAUCAAGCGCGUAAUCUUUUGCUCUGGCCAAGUGUAUGCGGCGCUCUACAAGUAUCGCGAAACUCACGGCCUCAAAGACACGGCUAUCACGCGGAUCGAAGAACUUCAUCCAUUUCCAUGGGAGCAAGUUAGACAAAACCUGGAUAACUACCCCAAUGCAACGGAUGUUGUUUGGUGUCAGGAAGAAACACUGAAUGGGGGCGCAUGGAGUUAUGUUAUGCCGAGAUUUGAGGUUAUAUUGGCUAAGACAGAGAAUCACACGGAUAAGAAGAUACGGUAUGCAGGUAGGGAGCCGAUGUCGAGUGUUGCAGUGGGGUAUAAGGUGCUUCACGCUGUUGAGGAAGAGAAGCUGCUAGGGGAUGCUUUUCAGAUGUCUCCUGAUGAGUAA